GCAUCGGAUACCUCACAACUGUUGUUGCAGCCAAUUCGAGUGCUUCAGUUCUCGAGAUAUCGUUCCGUGAAAAGCUCUAGUAAAUUUUCUUCUUUUUAAUCUUUCUUUUUUUUUAAUCGACCAAAAAAUGACUGGUCGCGGUAAGGGAGGAAAAGGAUUGGGAAAGGGAGGUGCCAAGCGGCAUAGGAAGGUUCUUCGUGAUAAUAUUCAAGGAAUUACUAAACCCGCAAUUCGUCGUUUGGCUCGUCGUGGUGGUGUCAAACGUAUAUCCGGAUUGAUUUACGAAGAAACUCGUGGCGUUUUGAAAGUCUUCCUUGAAAACGUCAUCCGCGAUGCAGUAACUUAUACUGAACAUGCUAAAAGAAAGACUGUCACGGCUAUGGACGUCGUUUAUGCAUUGAAACGACAAGGACGUACACUUUAUGGUUUUGGUGGUUAAAUUUUUCAACCGUUCAAAAAAAAAAAGAAAAAAAAGAGCAAUUUGACCUUUAAUUACAUUCGAUCGCUAAAGAAGCACAUUCUAUUGAACGAUUUUGGUUACGUCAUCCUCGAAGAUAAAUACAAACGGCCCUUUUUAGGGCCCUUUCCUAAUAAUGCAAUUCCCCUUUCCAAGGUUCCCUUCCCAAAAAUAACAAAUACAACGGCCCUUCUCAGGGCCACCAAA